AACUCAUAAAAUGUUAUUCACUUUCAAUUUACAUUAUUCAAGUUGAUUGUUUCCUUUCAAUCUUUCACCAUACGAGCAGAAAAAAACUAAUAAGUGAACUGAAGGAAUCGCGAGAACCGAUAAACCUGUUGACCAGUUUACCUUUUCAAGGAAAAACGAAAACGAUCAAACUGUUUGACCACCUUAAUUGUGAUUUACUAAUCAUCUUUAAACUCAACCUUUCCCUUUCUCUUUCGACUGUGUGUUUAAGUCGCUGUCCCCUCCCAAUUUCAUGAUCAUCAUAUUCUGAUGUGUUUAUUGUGUCAUAAACUUGUUUCUCAUGUUUUAUCUCAUCAUAUCCUCGUUUUGGAAACUCUGAAUUUUAUUACAUUGAUAAGAUAAUAGGGAAAAAGAUUGGAGAAAGAGAAUAAGUUUCCAAACAAUUUGAAUCAAAUCAAAUCACCAGAAAGACAAUUAAAAUAAUGGAUCAUCUCGAUUACCAUCAUUUCCCUAAUCACCCAUGAAAUAUGGUUUCAUGUGACCAACUGAUUGUCAACGGUUUCGUCUACAAUUUACCUUUGUAAAUCUACAUCUUGGAUCUGAUUGUAUAUCUAAAUUGUUUAUCCUUGUUGUUGUUUUCUAAUGACAAGGAAAUAAGGUAAUUCUCUUGUUAUUACUGUUUUAAUUUUUAUUACCCUCGAAACGAUUUUAAUUAAAUCACAGUGACAAUGCCUCGUUAUAAGAGAGCCGAAUUGUCUGUUGACGAUUCAUCAGUGAGUAAUCCCAAUUACGCUGAUACAAUUGGCUUUGGAAAUAUGUAUUCAUCUUCAUCACAAUUAACAAUGUCUCCUGACAAUUUAUCUGGACCACCAUUGGAUCCAGCAAUACUUUCAAUCUCUAGUCCAGUUGAAGAGAUUCAUUCAGAUCGUAACAGUCCACAGGUAUUAUUUUAUGGUCAAUCGUCAUCAUCGACCGUCGCUCUGGAUCCCAAUAGUUCAAAUUCACCCAAUUCACCGAGCAGUAAAUUCGGCAACGGACAAGGUCAACCCUCUGUUAUGAUAAACAAAGGUCGAUCUCGACGUCGAACCUUUUGGGAUCGAGCAUCGCCAUUGGAACGAUUUUUAAUCAUCUCUGUAACAAUAAUAACACUUUUUUCACUCAUCUUAUUAAUCCUUCUCAUUCAUAGUUAUGGCCAUUCAGAGAAAUCAAAACAAAUCGAUAAUGAUCUUUGUGUAUCCAAAGAGUGUAUAAGUAUAGCAAGUACCAUAAUCAACUCAAUGGAUACAAGUAAAGAUCCAUGUGAAGAUUUUUAUUCAUAUUCUUGUGGUGGUUGGGUGGAAUCUAAUCCACUCCCAGAUGGAAAAUCUAUUUGGGGUCCAUUUGCUAAAUUAUGGCAAGAUAAUCAAUAUGUUAUGAAAACUGUUUUAGAGCAAGAUAAUAGUACUAAUCAAAGUAAAGCCGAGGAAAAAUCUCGAGUCUAUUAUCGAUCUUGUUUGGAUAAGAACGAAACUAUCGAGAAACUUGGACCAAAACCGAUGCAAGAUUUUUUAAAACAAAUUGGUGGUUGGAAUAUGAAUUCUGGCUUUGAUGCAGCUUCAUGGGAUUUUCAGAAAUAUUUACAGGUUGCUCACAAUCAAUACAACAGAGGUGGUUUCUUUUCAUGGGCUGUUGGGGCGGAUGCUAAGAAUUCAAGUAACAACAUUAUUCAAUUAGAUCAAGGAGGAUUAUCGUUACCAAGUCGUGAUUAUUAUCUUAACAAAUCAGCUGAUGAUGAGGUUUUACAAGCAUUCAAAUCAUUUACCGUUAAAGUAGCUGUACUUUUGGGAGGAAAUGAGAGCGAUGUUGUUAAACAAGUUGAUGAUUUACUUGAAUUUGAAACUCGUCUUGCUGAGAUAACUAUACCAUCAGAGGAUCGUACUGAUGAUGAUAAAAUGUACCAAAGAAUCACUAUAGCAGAUCUUCAAAAAGCCGCACCAGCAAUUAAUUGGACUAAUUAUUUUAAAGAUGCCUUUGAUCAAAUCGAUUAUGAAAUCACCGACAACGAACUGAUUGGAGUUUAUUCAAUUGAAUAUCUCGAACAAUUAUCUAAGCUCAUUAUUGAAUAUAACAAGACAGACGAGAAACGAAGUGUUCUCGCUAAUUACAUGAGUUGGUCUGUUGUUCAAACGCUCAUCUCAUGUCUUUCUAAGCCUUUUAGAGAAGCUUCAAAAAUCUUAAGAAAGGCAUUGAUAGGUUCUGAAGGGAUUGAAUCUUCGUGGCGAUAUUGUGUUACCGAUACCAAUGGAUUCAUGGGGUUCGCUCUUGGUGCCAUGUUCGUUAAAUCAGUGUUUCGAGGUGAAUCUAAACCAGUUGCUGAGGCGAUGAUUGAACAAAUAAGAAAAGCCUUUGAAGAUAAUCUUCCUAAUCUCCGUUGGAUGGACACUGAGACAAGAAAACUUGCAAAAGAAAAAGCUGAUGCUAUUACCAAGAUGAUUGGAUUCCCUGAUUUUAUCCUUAAUUCAACGAAACUAAAUGAAAAAUAUGAGGGACUCGAAUUUACCGAAGACGAAUAUUUUCAAAAUAAUCUUAAGGUCAACAAAUUUGCUUUAAAAAAGAACAUGGAAAAAAUAAUGAGACCAGCUAAUAAAACCGAAUGGGAAAUGACACCGUCCACCGUUAACGCCUAUUAUACACCAACGAAAGACACUAUGGUAUUUCCCGCUGGAAUACUUCAAGCUCCAUUUUAUGAUGUUAAUUAUCCAAAAUCGGUUAAUUUUGGAGCGAUGGGAGUUGUGAUGGGACACGAAUUAACUCAUGCUUUCGAUGAUAGAGGUCGAAGGUACGACAAAUAUGGAAAUCUUCAUCAAUGGUGGAACAAUAGUACAAUCAAAAAUUUCGAGCAACGUGUUGAUUGUUUCGUUAAACAAUACUCAUCUUACGAAAUAAACGGUGACCAUAUUAACGGAGAGCGAACUCUUGGUGAAAAUUUAGCGGACAAUGGAGGACUUAAAGCAGCAUUUCAUGCCUACGAAGAUUGGGCAAUAAGCAAUGUUGAACCCGCUCUACCAGGGGUCAACAUGUCCAGUAAAAAGAUAUUUUUUGUCCGAUUCGCCCAAGUUUGGUGUUUCGUUGCAACUCCAGAGGCAUUGAAACUUCAAGUUCUCAACGAUCCUCACAGUCCUCAUCGAUUCCGUGUUAUUGGAACACUCAGUAAUUCAAAGGAGUUUUCGGAGACAUUCAAUUGUCCAUUAGGCAGCCCCAUGAAUCCAGAAGAUAAAUGUGAAGUUUGGUAGAACCACCAAAACGAACGAAACCAAAAUAGUUCAACCAAUUGAUCUAAAUUUAUAUUAAUCAUUUCUGAUGGAAAUCUAAUAACAAAACAACCAGGGGACAAAUCAAGGAACCAGAAAAAUGAUUACACUGUAACGGACGAGCUUCUUAAUCAUUUGUAUAAAUUAUAUCAUUUGAGUGCCAAUUUCAUGAUAACUGAUUCUUGAAUCUAAAAGAUUUACCCUGAUUGUGAUUUGCAAGUCAAAUCAGUUGAUGUGGAAGUGUUGAUCUUACAUGUGUUUAUUGUUAAUUUUUUCCCGUUAAUUUUGUUUCUGAUUCCGUUGAUCAAAUGAGCAUUUAAAGACUAAUUCAAUGGUUAAUCAAUCAUUUACCGUUGGAUUUACAUUCUGUAAUCUAGUCAGAGCCUUGCUAGUCAAUCCAAUUACAUAAUCAACUACACAAGAAAAGGACAAAAUGUUUAAUCGGAUUGAAAAUUUAAUUGAUUUAGUUUUAAUCACACGAACAAACGGAUUCACAGAUCUACUUUUAUUAUUUGAUUAUUUCUGUUUAUUUAAUUGUCAUUUACAUUUAAUUCAAUCAAAGUUGUAAAUUUGAUCUUUCAUUGUUUUAGUCUCAUUUUAAUCCAGUUAAUUUAAUUGAAAAUUGACACAUGAAAAUUGACUCUUCUUAAUUACAUCAAUCAAUAUCAUAUUAUGUAAAUUUAGUUUAAUUAUGAUAAUUAAUCAUUGUAUCUCGUUGAUUGUUCAUUUGCCAAACAGUUUAAACUGAAAAUAAUUUUAUCCCUUGAUUUUGUAAUUUAAAUCAAGGUAAAUGAUGAACGAUUUUCAUCAAAAAAAUCAAUACUGACCAAAUCAACAAUUGUAAUAAUCCUUUAUUUUCAGAAACAAUCAAUCAAAUUAUAUUGUAUCAACAAUUACAAUCAAUUAAUCAACUCAAAAGUUCUCAUUAUCAUCUUCUUACCAUUUAAACAAGUUAAUUAAUUAUCAGCAAAUUGUAUCUGCGGUUGUGUGGUGAUCAAAAUCAAGCAAAAAAAAACCCAACAAUUAAACACCAACAGUUAAACAUGUUUUAUAAA